AUGUCGAUCAAACCGCUACCUGAAGAUGUCAUUGCUCAGAUCAAAUCCUCAACCACCAUAACCUCCAUAAAUGGUGUGGUGUGUGGGCUCGUUGAAAACUCUCUUGAUGCCGCCGCGACGAAAAUCACCAUCUCUAUAGACUAUUCAAGGGGAAACUGUUCUGUAGAGGACAAUGGAUCGGGUAUCCUCCCAAGUGAAUUCGCCGCGAGUGGAGGUCUUGGAAAAUUACAUUAUACUUCGCGCUUUCCAGCACACCCUUCUUAUCAUGGAAGCAGCGGCACAUUUCUGGCAUCAGUCGCUGCGCUUUCAUUAAUGUCCGUCGCCUCUCACCACGAAGGCCAUCGUUCUCAUAAUUCGGUCAAGAUUCACAACUCAAAGGUCAUCGCGCGCCACACGCCGUCCCCUCCUGAUCAACGGCUGCUUAGCUUCAGCCAUGGCACCCGAGUGACGGUGCGUGAUCUCUUUGGCUCCAUGCCAGUGAGAGUCAAGCAGAGGGCUUUGGCACUUGAUCGGGCUACUACGCUGAGAGACUGGGAGAACCUGAAACUAUCGAUCGUUGCCAUAUUGCUUGCCUGGCCUGAUCAGGUCAGCGUCUCUAUUCGGGAGAGCACUAGUCAGCAAACGUCCGUUUUGAGAAACACCGAAGCCAUUAUCACUCAACUAGCGGAGAGAGCUCGACGUUCGCUACUUGUCUCACGUGUCUCUGGCUUGCUUUGCCAAGCUAAUUUUUUCGAUAAUGCAGAUCCAGCAGCAUGGGUCGCGUUGAAAGCAUCAGCUGCGCAGCUAUCCAUAACUGGGGCAGUAUGCAUAUUACCAGUCGCCACAAAACGCUUGCAGUUUAUCAGUAUAGGCAUUCAGCCACUUGCCAACAUUCGUGGUCAAAAUGUUCUGUACGAAGAAAUCAAUCGAAUGUUUGCCAAUUCAAGCUUUGGCGUCGAGGAAGACACCGACGGUAUCGAUGAGGAUGAAAAGGUCCGCAGAGCCAAAGAUCGCCUUUCCAGAACUGGAGAAUAUACCAAUCGUGAAGUAAAGGGUAAAAGAGGGAUUGAUAGGCAUCCCAUGUUCUAUGUUCAUGUUGAUCUUGGUGAUCUAGUGUCUUGCAAAGGCGGACAUGAUGCGGAUGAAAUACUCGAUGAUCGUCAAAGUCACUUGCAUACUAUCAUUGAUGUCAUCAAAGCAAUGAUGCACGCUUUUCUGAAGAAGCAUCACUUUCAUCCGUUGAGUUAUAAGCCAACGAGACGCUGGUCCCCCAGACGUUCCAAGUCAAAUGCACCUGAAAGCGAAUCAUCCUCGAGGGACGAUUCACCUGGAGUAUCAUUCAAUUCUGUCUCACAAAUGGACGCAGCUUCAAAGACACAAUCUGUUCCGGACGCUGAUCUUGGAGAUGCGGUUUCUGCUCGGUUUCUCGGGGGAAGGUCAGACAUGUCACAAUUCAAUAGAUGGUCGAGGGUGAGCAGGGGUUCUCAAACGCCAACGUCCAGUAAAGAGCCUGUUUUUGAAGGCACAACAGUGCGCAGGUCUCGCCCUCGGCCAUCAUCUGAAAAUGAUUCAUCGGCAGCUAUGUCGCCCGCUUUGUUUAAUACUGAAGGUAAUCUCAUCCGGCCACCAUUUCUGGAUCUUGAGCAAGCGUUUGACUAUAGUCAUGCUCGAUCCCAGACUAGCGCAGUCGAAUCUGGUCAAGCAAGCAGACACGAAGAAACUAUUGCUCAGCUCGAUCCUGCCACAAAGCAGAAAUGCAUCGUGGAUGCUAGGACAGGCUUUGCCGGCACCCGGACGGAGAGCGAUGCGGACCAUGGGCUCAGCCGGCAACCGAAUCGACUCACAAAGAGAGCCAAAGGUCUAAGGACACCAUCUCCGCCUGCUCGAGGCGAGCCUAGUCUCUGGGUGGAGGAUCUUCUUGCGAGGUGGAAAAACCCUGUCUUUGAAGCCACAGAGCCUCCUAUCCCGGUGGCAUUUGACGCAUCCGCACUUGCGGAAACUGCUAGUGGUUAUACCGAGCGCGAUGGUUUGUGCCAUCACGGGCUUGCCCAAAUUUUGCCAAAAGUCGAGAGUCGAAUAUCAAGAAAAGCCAUACGGACUGCCGAAGUGAUAUCACAAGUCGAUCAAAAGUUUAUCCUUGUCAAAGUUUUACUGGAGAGAAACCUACGAGCAGCACUUGAAGGGGACGACGCAUCACUGUUGGUCAUAAUCGACCAACAUGCAGCUGAUGAGCGAUGCAAAGUCGAGGAAUUGAUGUCGAGCUAUUUUGACAUUGAUGGACCUCAAAGUGCUAGCUUCCGGGCAAAGACUGAGACCUUGGACAAGAUGCUCCAAUACGAAAUCUCGUCGCACGAACGCCCGUUGUUCGAGCAGUAUCUGGCUCAUUUCAAGCACUGGGGUAUUGCCUAUAGCCUCAACGUUUUCCCAUCAGGUCCACAAUUUGAGAGCCGCAAGCUGCCGUCCUUUGUAAAGGUUUCGAGCUUGCCCCCAUGCAUAGCUGAGAGAUGCCGCACAGAACCCCGCCUCCUCAUAGAUCUACUGAGGAAGGAGCUGUGGAAGCUAAACGAGACCAGUGGCGGCCAUGGUCAUUUACCGCAGCAUAUUGCGUCGACAUUGGUUGACGAGCAUGACAGCACGCAGCAACAUUGGCUAUCAAGAUUUCACGGCUGCCCCCAAGGUAUUCUAGACAUGAUUAACUCGAGAGCAUGCCGGAGCGCGAUCAUGUUUAAUGAUAUUCUGACCUUGGAUGAAUGCAAGGCUCUACUUGGUCGGUUGGCAGAAUGCGCGUUUCCAUUUCAAUGUGCUCAUGGACGCCCAUCGAUGGUACCUCUGGUGGAUAUGGGAAAGCAGCCGGUCGAUGAGGUUGAGAGAGGCAGUUUCGGCAGGCAAUUCAGGAUGUGGAAGACCGAAACUGGAGAACGUUUUUCUUGA